UGGGCCUUUUAAGUGACCAAUAAUGGAUAUUCUAUGGAUAUUAUGGACCAUACCGGCCGUAAUAGCUGUUGAAGAGACGCUCAUGGACUCCACCACAGCCACGGCGGAGCUCGGCUGGACGGUCUACCCUGUGUCAGGGUCGAGUGACAACAGUUGGGAGGAGGUGAGCGGUUACGAUGAAAACAUGAACACCAUCCGGACGUACCAAGUCUGUAAUGUUUUCGACAACAAUCAGAACAACUGGGUACGGACAAAAUACAUCCGGCGUCGCGGUGCGCAACGGAUCCACGUGGAGAUGAAAUUCUCUGUGAGGGACUGCAGUAGCAUCCCCAACGUACCGGGCUCCUGUAAAGAGACUUUUAACCUUUAUUACUAUGAAUCAGAUGCUGACACAGCCACCAGAACCUCACCAGCUUGGAUGGAGAACCCCUGGAUCAAGGUCGACACCAUCGCGGCGGAUGAGAGCUUCUCCCAGGUGGACCUUGGGGGCAGAGUGAUGAUGAUCAACACGGAGGUUCGAAGCUUCGGCCCUGUGUCGAAAAAUGGCUUCUACUUGGCCUUCCAGGACUAUGGCGGCUGCAUGUCGCUCAUCGCUGUUCGUGUCUUCUACCGGAAGUGUCCUCGUAAAAUCACUAACGGGGCGUUGUUCCAGGAGACGCUAUCGGGAGCGGAGAGCACCUCCCUGGUGGCUGCGAGGGGUGUUUGUAUCCCCAAUGCAGAGGAGGUGGAUGUGCCCAUUAAGCUGUACUGCAAUGGGGACGGGGAGUGGAUGGUACCCAUCGGGCGCUGCAUGUGCAAGGCUGGGAACGAGGCUGUGGAAAAUGGGACUGUUUGUCGAGCCUGUCCGUCUGGCUUUUUCAAGCCAACUCAAGGAGACGAGGCCUGCUUGCAGUGUCCCAUCAACAGCCGCACCACCAGCGAAGGCGCCAUUAACUGCGUUUGCCGCAACGGAUACUACCGAACCGACUCAGAUCCUCUCCAGAUGCCGUGCACAACUGUCCCUUCAGCUCCGCAAACAGUCAUCUCCAGCGUGAACGAAACCUCUGUGAUGUUGGAGUGGAUGCCUCCUCGAGAUUCAGGGGGCCGCGAGGAUGUGGUGUUCAACAUCAUCUGCAAGAGCUGUGGCGGAGGCCGGGGAGGGUGCACCCGCUGCGGCGACAAUGUUCAGUUUUUACCCCGUCAGCUGGGCCUGACAGAAUCCCGGGUCUACAUUAGUGACCUGUUGGCCCACACACAGUACACGUUUGAGGUGCAGGCUGUCAACGGGGUGUCAGAUCAGAGCCCCUACUCCCCCCAGUACGCCUCAGUCAACAUUACCACUAACCAGGCUGCUCCAUCCACAGUCUCUAUAAUGCACCAGGUCAGUCGUACUGUGGACAGCAUCACCCUCUCCUGGUCCCAGCCAGACCAGCCCAAUGGAGUCAUCUUGGACUAUGAGCUGCAGUAUUAUGAAAAGGACCAAUCAGAAUAUAACUCCACCACCAUCAGGAGCCAGACAAACACAGUGGUCAUACGUGGCCUCAAGCCAGGAAGCAUCUACGUGUUCCAGGUCCGGGCCCGCACCGUAGCUGGGUUUGGACGCUACAGUGGCAAACUGUACUUCCAGACCAUGACUGAGGCGGAAUACAACACCAGCAUUCAGGAGAAGCUGCCUCUCAUCAUUGGCUCGGCAGCUGCUGGGUUGGUGUUCCUCAUUGCUGUGGUUGUCAUCAUUAUCGUCUGCAACCGGCGUGGCUUUGACAGGGCUGAUUCAGAAUACACAGACAAACUGCAGCACUACACCAGCGGCCACAUGACUCCAGGAAUGAAGAUUUAUAUCGAUCCGUUCACAUAUGAGGACCCCAACGAGGCUGUGAGGGAGUUCGCCAAGGAGAUUGAUAUAUCCUGUGUGAAGAUUGAGCAGGUCAUUGGUGCAGGAGAGUUUGGAGAAGUGUGCAGCGGUAAUCUAAAGCUUCCAGGUAAAAGGGAGAUGUUUGUGGCCAUAAAGACUCUGAAGUCUGGAUACACAGAAAAGCAGAGGCGGGACUUCCUGAGCGAGGCCAGCAUCAUGGGGCAGUUUGACCAUCCUAACGUCAUUCAUCUGGAAGGAGUGGUCACCAAGAGCAGUCCUGUCAUGAUCAUCACUGAGUUCAUGGAGAAUGGAUCUCUGGACACCUUUCUCAGACAAAACGAUGGGCAGUUCACUGUGAUCCAGCUUGUUGGUAUGCUGCGUGGCAUCGCCUCGGGCAUGAAGUACCUUGCCGACAUGAAUUAUGUGCACCGUGACCUUGCUGCCCGAAACAUCCUGGUCAACAGUAACCUUGUGUGCAAGGUGUCGGACUUCGGCCUUUCACGCUUCCUGGAGGAUGAUACAUCAGACCCUACUUACACCAGUGCUCUGGGAGGGAAGAUCCCUAUCCGAUGGACUGCACCCGAAGCUAUCCAGUACAGGAAGUUCACCUCUGCUAGUGAUGUGUGGAGCUACGGGAUCGUCAUGUGGGAAGUCAUGUCCUACGGAGAGAGGCCGUACUGGGACAUGACCAAUCAAGAUGUUAUCAAUGCCAUAGAGCAGGACUACCGGCUGCCCCCACCCAUGGACUGUCCCAGCGCCCUGCACCAGCUCAUGUUGGACUGCUGGCAGAAGGACCGCAACAACCGGCCCAAGUUCAGCCAGAUUGUUAACAACCUUGACAAGAUGAUCCGCAACCCCAACACGCUGAAGGCCAUGACUCCUCUAUCUUCAGGUGUUCAUCUCCCCCUCCUGGACCGCAGCAUCCCAGACUUCUCCAGCUUCAGCACUGUGGAUGAAUGGCUGGAUGCCAUCAAGAUGGGCCAGUACAAAGACAACUUUGCCAACGCUGACUUUUCUACGUUUGAUGUGGUGUCUCAGAUGACCAUGGAUGACAUCCUGAGGGUUGGUGUGACGUUAGCAGGCCAUCAAAAGAAGAUCCUCAACAGCGUCCAGAUGAUGCGCGCACAGAUGAACCAGAUCCAGUCGGUGGAGGUUUGACCCUCCCGAGCAGAGGGGGAGGAAAAAAAAAAAAAAAGCGGUUGGCAUGCAUGGCUCUGGGCGGCGGAGGAUGGAGUGGAUAUUUUUUUGUAUGUCUGGUCUUCCCACCAGGCUACCAUUCAUCCCCCCGGUCCCCUCUCCACUGCCCUCUAUCCUCCUCUUACCCCCUCACCCUGACUCUCCCUCCAUCCUGGGAAUCAGCUGUGGAGAAAGUCGUGAAAGCGGAAGUCCUCGCGAUGAAGCAUCAGACGACCCACAGCCCAACCCACCUUUUAGAGCCAGAAACAUGGGAGGUUAGACGUGACCAGCAACACAUUUUUUCAAUCUUCCACCAAUUUUCAUUUGAUGUAGAACAUUUAUUUUUUGGUUUGUUUGUUCUGAUAAUUUUGUAAAGAAUUUUUUAAAGAAAAAAGAAGAAAAACUGAAAAAGGAAAGGAGUUUAUCUAAAUUUAUAGAUGAUAUAAGGUUGUACACUAGAUGAACUGCAGUAGGAAAGCUACCCUUUAAAAGGGCAAAAAAAAAAAAAAGGAAAAAAAAAGAAAACAAGGAAGAGUUGAGGAGACCAUCCUCAGCAAGGUGUGGAUAUUGUCUUUGUUUUUAAUUUUGGACAUCGUGUGGAAACGCAGAGUUUUCUGUGGCCUUCUGAAAGGCAAACUGUAGAGGAGACUGGGGGAUCCGACGUGCACACCCAACUGUUUCCCCAGGAAACACGAUGAAAAAACAAAAAAAAAAAACACAAAAAGAAAAAAAAAAAAAACACAAAAAGAAAAAAAACAAAAACACAUUCAAUCAGACUGACAAUUCACACGGUGAAAAGAAAAACGGUUUUUUUUUCUCAUUGCAAGUAGUUUUCUAUAUUGUGUGACAUUUUGUGAUGAAGACUCCCUCUCACCAUGCUUCCUCUCACUAAAGACAAAAUGACAAGUUUUUAUUUUUUUUCUUUUCACGGUGAAAUAUUCACAGCCUGCCAAAUAGAACUCUUCUCUUUUGCACCCCAGUCAUGAUCCUGUACUGUACAUAUCAGAUGCACUUGACCUGCCAUAACAUGACGACUCAGAGACGGUUAGAGUUGAUCAGUUCUGGAGCAGAACUGACUACAGGGACAAUUUAAGUUGUUGUCAACAUCAGUUUAUUUCUUUAAUUUGUGGAGAGAGAAAAAAAAAAAAGAAAGCUUGUGGAGAAAAACACAAACUGAAAAUUGACUUCCUACAGAGAUCCACAGAAUAAGGAAACAGGUCCUAGUGUUUACAUCAGAGUCUCCAUACACACAGUAUGUCCCGUUAUAGCGUCCUCCCUCAUGUCGUUCAUCUCCAGUGCCGUCUGUGCGUACAUGCUCAUGUUGCACACGCGCACCAAGAAGCUCCUGAAGCAUCGGGACUCGUGUUUGAUAGCAUGCUGAGUGAGUGGUUAAUUUCACAGUGCUUUGAUUUGCUGCAAUUACUAGAACUCUGUUUGGUAAGAGCUUGGAUUUGACACACUUUACAGAGUAUAAUGUGGCUGCAUUAUAUUUACUGUUCUUCUUCUUCCAGUUUUCCUUUUGAAAAGACAUUUUUAUGUUUAAAGUGUUAAAGUUUUGAUACCACACAUGGUUGUUUUACACACACACACACAACACACUCACAAAUAGACUUUACAAUCAGACGUUCAUUGAAUGAAAAACAAAAAUGCAAUGUGUUAUAUUAUUGCAAUUUCUGUAUGGGUAUUAUUGAAUUGUUGUUAUUACUUUUAGAUUUUUUUUUUUCUGCACUGAGUCUACUGUGUGACUCCAUCAAACACUCUGGAUCUUCCAUCGAUGCUUUGAAGUUAUUUUUAAAACAUGAAUCAUGUUGGUGCACAAAACCAUGUAGAUAAACAGCAUUUUCCCUGUAACGGGCCUCGGUUUCAGUUUAUAGGCAGUAUAUGCAUUUAUUGUAUGGUUUCCUGUGAACAAUACUGUCUCAUGAGUACAGAGCUGUCAAUCAUUGUUUGUGUUGUUGUCAGUAACCUGUUGUAAGGGUUAUGCAGGGGGGGGGGAUGGCACUUGUAGCAAUGCAGUGAUUCCCCAGUGACAGUGAAUCAGGCAGGGGUUUAUGUACACAGCCAGUAAAUGAUAUCAACAGUGCAGAGCUCCCACUGGGCUCCCGCUCCGAGACCUGACAGCCAGACAUGGACGUCCAGCUGUGAGCCAUCGGUCAGAUGUGUCUGGUCGCAGCGGGGCGGCCGCACCCCGAUCACAGCCGCUCCGUCCAAGGCACUGAUUCCCUCCCCUGUCCUCUUGAUCACAUACAUGCCUGUCGGCCACCUGUCUGCCGCUUCCACUGAUCUCGACACAGUCAGCUCUGACCAGUUGUCCUGUUUCGUCUCGGCGCGUUUAAAAGCAUCAACAGCAGCGGGCUGAGCUGACACUCAUCGGCGGGGGCAGCUGUGUCAUGUCUUGUCCUGAUGCUGCGUGCCACCGAGUACGUGACAAAAGAUUCCUCCGUUGUUCGCUCGUACCAAAUCCUCAGACGUUGACCUGAGUUUUCGCGUUUGUCACCGCAGACAGCUUUAGCACCAAAGCCCCGGUUAAAGAAAGUGAGAAACCUCAGUUGCUGCAUCGCUGUCAUCCCACCUUUCGCCAUCCUUGGCUGUCCAGAUAGGUUUAAGGCCAAGAGUGGAAGGAUUUUUUUUUUUUACUCCUCCUCUGCUCCACAAUCCUCUGCUUGGUUAUUUUCAUCUGCAGUACAACACAUCAGAACAAAUAUUUCCCUGGAAGCUUUUCAUAACAUAUGAAACUGGAGGAGGAGAAUCAUGAGCUGUUAAGUCAUAGCUAAGAAGCGAGUGAGAAGUGAUGCUGUGACCUAAAUGCCACUCAUGCCAACGUGCAGUUUGAUAUUUUGUGUUUUUUUUUUUUUUCUUUUUCCCUGAGCUUUAGAGCAUCUUCCCUUUCCAUUUCUCAACACUUAACAGCUCAUCAGUUUUAUUUAGUGAGACUGUAUGCCUUCUCAUGGUACAGCAAAUAUUCCGUCGUCAGGAAAAACACUUACUGUUCAAGAAAUUAAGCUCAAGUAUACGCGAGGCUGCUGAGGUUUUGCUCCAGUCCCAUUAAAGCUCAUUCAGAUGCUUGUCCAUGGGUGCUGCCAAGACUUUGAGCUAUUAAUCAAGCAAUUAUCCUUGACGUUUGCUUCAAGGAACUACCUUAAACAGGGUGGCAGACGUUCUUAUUGCUAGGGCUGAAUAUUGCUGAGAUUGAUUUUAUGUUCCAGUAUGUGACAGUAUGCAUACUGUCUGUAUUUUCUUGCAGUUCCGAGAAUACCUUUCUUUUUUUUGCCAAGGUCUUUCUAAAGGUUUGGUUUCUUGUUUUCCAUUUCAUCUAAAGGAAAAAAAAAACAACAACUUUUGUUUGAAUGUGGAGUGUUGAACCGCAUGAAGUAUUUACUAUAUGUAUUUUAUGAUUCUGCCGGCACAAAGGAGACAUAUUGUUUCAGUUCAAGCUGAGCAAAGAUCAUUGGGCCCUCGUGUCCAACUUCUGGACUACUGGACAAAUGUAUAGACGUCAAAUUAUUAAUUCAUCUGGUACAGUUUAUAUGAUGGGCAUAAUUCUAAAUUUCACUCAGCGUGAUUAUUUUUUUUUGCUUUGUUUUGUUUUUAUUGCCUCCGAAAUCAGACUUAAUAUUUCAUCUCGGUGAAAUAAUUGUCUGUAAAUUGCUUUUCCCAGUUCAGAAGUGCAGUUGGAUAUGUCAGAAUAUUUGAUCACUGGGAAAGUUGACGGUUUGUAUAUACAGAAAGGUAUUUGUGCGCUUUGCUUAUUCCCCCUUUAAAUCAGUUCUUUCUACUAUUCACUUUCCACAAACACUAUUUAACUUUCAACCAGGUGUAGUUUUAGUGUGAAAUUUUACAACAACAAAAAAAAAUAUGCCACAGACUUCAGCUUCCCUUAAAAAAAAAAAAAAAGAAAAGAAAAAAAAGCGUUUUACAAUUUUCCUCUGGAAAUGAAAGAUGUGUUGCGGUUGUGACGCCAGCGACGGGUUUCACACAGCGUCUGCCAAACUGCAACUUUCAGCGAAACAUAUUGUACUUUUCUCCUUUUACAUCUGUGAAGCAAAGUAAAAGCGCUCAGCCCUGCCCUCAGCGUGUGCCAAUUUUUGAAGGACGGAGGAAAACUGUUAAGUCUCAGUGUUACAGUUACAUGAUAGUGUGGAUAAACAUGAGCUGUGCCAGGCUGUACCCACUGGGCUGCGUUUGAACACCGCCUAACUGCAGUAUGUUGAGAGCGUGAAGUCCGCCUCCUGUUGUGGCAGAUAGAAAAUGGCUUCUGUUUGAAGGCUGCAGGACGAAGCACCGGAGCGCCCUCUACUGCUGUGGUGGUCAGACGUGGCUUGUUGGAGGGACAGUUUUCAGGUCCGAAUGCUGCAGCAGGGAGAACUCCAUAGCCACCUAUGUUCCCCUCUAUGACCCUGUGUUUCUCUCUGUUGCCCCCCUCCCAACCCCACCAUCCACCCUGCCCCUGGACGCCCCCCUCCUCCACCACCACUACCACUCUGGCUGUUGGUUAGUGCAGGCAGGGGACCUCGAUGUGUUCCCCUGGUCUGUCAAAGCCCACAUUAUAGACCAGUGCCGGUUCAGACCACUGUGACUGAUGUGGGAGAAUCCUGUAUUUCUGUAUAAAUGUAUAUUGACUGUAACCCUGUGAAUGAUGUAACAAUUUCAUUAUUUGUAAUAUUGUCAUUGGUUUAUUUUCUAAAAAUGGAAAGCCCAACUUGACUCUCCUCAAUAAAAAAAA